GCCACGGAGAGACGCGUCUUGCUGCCUGCCCGCGGGACGGGGGUGUCUCUCGCCCUUUUGUGCAGGGUGUCCACAGCACCCCACCCCCCCGGCAGGAAAAUGCCGCCCGCCAGAGGCGAGCGAGCAGCCCUUCCUCUCCUGGCGGCUGAGGGCAGCCUGCCGGCCGGGAGACCAAAGAGCCAGCCGGCUGAAGCGAAGUCGGUCCUCCUCCAAACACGCGGCGGGCGGUUCAGUUGCUCGGGAGCUCGCGAACGGGAGGAGGCGCCAACGGCACAGGCAGGCGGCCGCCCGGGAAAGGGAGAGGCGGCGUGGAGAGGUCGGUCGCCCGCCGCAGGAGAGAAGACCCGCCGCUACCGCCGCCGCCUCUUCAUCUUCAGGAAGGAGGAUGGGGGCUUCAGCCCUGGCGCUGCUGCGGGCCGCCCUCUGGGCCCUGCUCCCGCCACUGAAAAUUACAAAAACGUCUAGAACUGAAGCCCCCACUCCCACUCCUGACCAUCUGUCCACCCCCAUGUGGAGGAAUUUGCCCUUUGCCUUCAUGAAAAAGGGUGAAUGCUCGAUAUGGAAUUUUGCAUGCUUUUAAGAGCAGCCAGCCUCAGUUAAGAAACGACUACUGCAUGUAUUAUGAUCCCGACUUGAUCUCUCUUCCUGAGACCUUAACUGACACUACUUCUAUGAAACUGGCAAUCUUGACUCCCAAAUGGUUCUGCAGUGAUUCUGACAAGCCACAUGAAAGUAUCCAGGACAAGGCAGUUGCAGUGGAGAGUGGAAAUUGCUCACUUUUGCAAAAGGGUCAAAUGGCUCAAAAUCUUGGUGCUAAAGCAGUGCUGGUUGUCUUGAAAGAUAGGAAAUUUCCUCCUAAAGGUAACAUGACCCAAUAUAAAGUCAGCAUUCCUGUUGUGAUGAUCAGAGAAUUGGCUUUACACGAUAUGAAAGAGAGUUUUGGAAGUAACAUUAAUGUGACGCUGUAUGCCCCGCCUUUGUCAAACUUUGACUUCAAUAUGGUGUUCAUAUUUCUGAUUGCCGUGCUCAUUGUGGCACUGGGAAGCUAUUGGAGUGGAAUGAAGGAGCUUGAGAAACUGGCGGUUGCUCCAAGCUCUGAAAACUCAGAAGAAACACCAGAAACACAGACAGAGGAAGUUAUAUUUAAUCCCCUGAUUAUUGCUGGAUUUUUCACCAUCUGUUCUGUUUCACUAGUUCUAAUGUACUUCUUCUUUAAAUAUCUAGUAUAUGUCUUUAUUGCAGUUUUCGCCUUGCUAAGUUCUAUAGACCUGUACAAGUGUCUCAGAGAAUUAGUUAUCAGAAUACCUUAUGGACAAUGCAGGCUUGCAUGCUACAAAAUAAACUUUGAAGUGAGACUUUUUUUUCUUGCUGGAAUCUGCCUGGCAACAUCUACUGUUUGGGUAGUGUUUCGAAAUGAAGAGAGCUGGUCUUGGAUUUUACUAGAUAUUUUGGGAGCUGCUUUUUGUCUGGACGUGAUUACGUUAUUGAAAGUACCCAGCUUCAAGUUAUGUGUGCUGUUCCUACUCCUUCUCUUUGUGUACGAUAUAUUUUUUGUCUUCAUCACACCAUUCCUUACAAAAAGCGGGAAAAGUAUAAUGGUUGAAGUUGCUACAGGUUCUGGUGACAGCAAAGAAAAGUUACCAGGGUUAUUCAAAGUGCCUCCUGUGAACUUCCCUUCACUGAUGUUUUGCUUCCCACAAUUUUCAAUGCUUGGAUUCGGAGAUGUUUUGCUGCCAGGUUUCCAGGUUGCCUAUUGUUGCAGAUUUGAUGUUCGGACUGGAUCCCACUAUGUGUAUUUCAUUUCCUGUACUAUAGCCUAUGCUGUUGGCUUGGUGAUCACAUUUGUGGCCUUGAUACUAAUGAAAAGAGGACAACCAGCCCUUCUCUACUUAGUACCAUCCACGCUCAUCACCAGUGCAGUAGUUGCUUUCAGCCGCAAAGAGAUGAAACAGUUUUGGAAUGGCAGCACCUAAGAGGGAGAGAGAGUGCAUUCGGUCAGGCAGGGACAAGAGUUGAUGGUUGGAAAGAGAAACCUGAGGGAUGGCUGCCUCUUAACUGCUUUGUCAUCAACCACUGGGAGGUGCCCUUCCACAAGAUGCUGUGUCAAGAGGCAAGAGAAGGAACCAGUACACUUUGCACCACUCACCUGUAGGCUCUGGUGACACCUGCAUAGAUUCCCAGAUGUGUUUGCUGCAGGCUGAACUGAUUUACACUCAGCAGUGACCCAUGAGAUACACUGCCCUUGAAGGUGCAUUGCAGCUCCAGUCUGUGGCACCUCUGAAAUUCUAGUCGUAUGAGUUACGACACGUAGGAAAAUACUUGACUAAUUAAAAACAUAUGCUUUGCUUCCAAAAGUAAACAAGGCAUGGCAAUACUGUC